AUGCUCAGUUUCUUCGGAGGUGGGACGGGGGCCGUCGAGCUCCCCGCCCACAACUGCGUCCAGCCCACCGCGCUCCAGACGCCCUCGCUCAAGAAGCUGUACGGCAAGCGCGUCGUGCUCGCCUCCGCCAGCCGCCGCCGCCGCGACAUCCUCAAGACCUUCGGAAUCGAGCCGGAGAUCGUGCCCUCGACGUUCGAGGAGACGCUCUCCUUCGACGAGUUCCCCGACCCGCACGAGUACCCGGUCUCGACCGCGACCCACAAGGCGGUCGAGGUCUACGAGCGCCUCGUCCGGGAGAACCCGGACGACGCACCCGAUCUCGUCAUCUCCGCGGACACGGUCGUGCUCACCCACCCGCUCCCGGGGCUCUCGAGCGUGCCGCGCUUCUCGGACGAGCCCCCGCCGCCGCAGGACCUGCUCGAGAAGCCGGCGGACAAGGCGGACAACCUCCGGAUGCUCCUCGACCUCAACGGCGGCGUCUGCGAGGUCGUCACUGGGGUCACCCUCGUGUGGCCCGUCCUGGAAGCGCCGGGGUACAAGCUCAAGUCGAUCGAGGAGCGCACGCUCGUGUACUUCCAGGAGAACGACGAGGCGCUGCUCAAGGCGUACGUCGAGAACGGCGAGGGCGCCGACCGCGCGGGCGGGUUCGCGAUCCAGGGCCUCGGCGGGGUGCUGGUGAGCAAGAUCGAGGGGGACUACCACAACGUCGUCGGCUUCCCCGCCGCGUCCUUCUUCAAGUUCCUCGCCCUGCUCGUCGAGGAGGAGUCCGACUUCCUCGACCUCUGA